AAAGGUUGUGUUUAAUAAAAUUCUACACAUUACAUCAAAGGCGGCCAGUAUGUAAUUUGGUUGUUAUUGGUCAUCCUGCUAAUGGCCAGCUUUCAGCAUAAUGAUCAUUCUGGACCAGGGAAGCAGUGAGAAAGUAUUCCAGUCAGUGCCGUCCACCAGAGAAAAGCAACUGAAUUACGAACAGAAAACAUGCACACUAAUCAUAGCUACAGCAACAGGUCCUCGCUAUUACCAAAGAUAAGGAGUCAAGGUUGUCCACACAAUGCUCACGUGAACAACAGAGAGGAUCUGCCUAAGAUGUGGUUACCAGCAGGCAGCAGGGACGUCCAUUGCCCUGUGUGUUUACAGAUGGCCACCUAUCCUGUUGAGACCAACUGUGGGCAUCUAUUCUGUGCACCAUGUUUGAUAUCCUACUGGAAACACUGCUCCUGGUUAGAUGCCAUCAGCUGCCCUCUGUGCAGACAGACGGUGAAAAAGAUGUGCCACCUUUUCAGUGAGAACAAGACUGACUGUAAAGAGAGAGAAGUGCUGAGACACGUGAGAGACUAUAACAAGCGAUACUCUGGCGCACCAAGACAGGUGAAAGAUUACCUGUGUGAUGCUCCGCUCUUCCUGCUGGUUCUGGUCAGGGGGCUGGGCAAUAUGGGUGGCUUGGUGUGGCUGUUUCUCCUGCGGGUGGCAGUGUGUGGAUUUGGCGCCGCCAUGUCGUUGGCGGCUCUUCCCGGGCCGCUGAGCAGUGCGUUGGGCAUCCUGGAUGAUUUCGUUGUGGUCUUUCUUCUGCUUAUUUGCAUUAUUAACAUCAAUCAACAGAUGGGGCCCCAGAGGACCCGAACGCACUCCAUCACUCAGGGUGUGCUGACCGACACGUUGUGAUAAUGCGCACGCUAGCAUGUUCAAAUGACGCUAAUCAACCUUGUUGGCAAAGGUUAACAGUGUUAUGACCUGCUGCACUUUGGUCUGGCUGCACAUGGAUUUUCAAUAAUGAGUCUGAAAUGGACAUACAGCACUCAAGAUGAGAGGAGUUCAAAUGCUUUAAUACAUUUAAGGACAUUUAUUAAAGACAGGAUGUGUGGUGUGUGAUAAAUGUAAAUGUUUUUUUGUAAAUAUACACGUUUCUAAUAAAUAUUUAUAUGUCGUUUACAAUUGAAGCUUAUAUUUUAUGCACAUACAUAAAAACGACACUGAGACACAUUGUGUAAGCAAGAAUUUAUUUAAUGCAUUUUGUUUUCAGUGGAAUGUAAUUAUUGAUAGUUAAUCAACUAUUUAGUUUUAGUAUUUUAGUGUUUCAUUUAAAGAAAGCAGUGCAAAUUGAAUUAUUUCUGGAAUGUAUGUUUCGGAAUUUAUGGAGUUUUUCCCUUAGUAAUGAAAUGCAAAAUUGAAGAGUAAUGUUUUAUAAAUGCAUUUUUUUUCAUUCAGAGCACUUUUAAUCAUUUUUGGAAUGUAUAUUUUGAAAAAUCUACCACUAAUACUCGAGUAUAAUUUCUGACAUGUUAAGUCAACGUACAUGUUAAUUCAAAGUACAACAAACCUGAUUUGUAUUCUAAAAAUAUUCAGAAAUCAAUUCAAAAGGUUUGUCCAAAAAAAAAAAAAAAAAAAAAAACUCCUAUAGACGUUAUACUAUAGAUGCCACGGGUCUUAAAGAGAUAGUUCAUCUAAAAAUGAAAAUGGACUUACCAUAUAUACUAACCUUUAAAGAGAAACUUCAGCCAAAAAAUCUUAAUGUACUUGCAUAUGACUAUUAGUUCACCUUCAAGUGGUUCCAAACCUUUAGAAGUUUUACUUUUCUUUGGUUGAACACAAAAGAUAUUUUGAAAAACUGAAAACCAGUAACCACUGACUUUUGAAGUCUUCUGAAAAAAGCUUCUGAAAAAAAAA